CAAAAAAAAAAGUGACUAUACAAGUAAUUAAAUUCAGCUAGCUUCUUGUUGUUGUUGUUGGUUAUCCUUGUAUAUAAAUAUGGCAAUUCAUCUUAUGUUGUUAAUAUUAACUUUUGGGAUAGGCCACUGUGCUGAACCCGUAGGUGCCGUUGAAAAUGGAACCAUAGGAUCAAAGCAAGUGGUAGCCGUUGGCAUAAUUCUUGACUUGGCUUCUCCGGUGGGGAAGAUUGCAAAUAGCUACAUAUCCAUGGCGCUCUCUGAUUUCUACACUAGAAAUGCCAAUUAUAGGACAAGGCUGUCUCUUUCAGUGAAAGAUUCUGGGAAAGAUGCUGUAAUGGCAACAUCAGCGGCUUUGGAAUUGAUGAAUAAUGAAGAAGUACAGGCUAUAAUAGGGCCCCAAACUUCAACAGAAACAAAGUUUGUGAUAAAUCUAGGGGAAAGAGCUCAAGUCCCCAUAAUUUCAAUUUCAGCAACCAGCCCCUCAUUGUCUUCAACACAGAGCCCAUUUUUCAUUCGGACAUGCCAAAAUGAUUACUCCCAGAUAAAAGCCCUCACAUCCAUAAUUGAAGUACAUGGAUGGCGAGAGGUUGUUAUAAUCUAUGAAGACACUGAAUAUGGAAACGGUUUGAUUCCUCACCUAACAGAUGCCUUUCAAAAGCUCGACGCUCGGAUCCCUUAUAGAAGUGCCAUCUCUCCAAACUCUGAUCAACUCCAAAUUCUGAAACAGCUAAACAUGAUAAUGGCUAGGGAGACAAGGGUACUAUUGGUUCACAUGACGGCUUCUCUCGGGUCGAAACUCUUUCCGCUUGCUAAAGAGGUAGGCAUGAUGAGUGAAGGGUAUGCAUGGAUGGUCACUGCUGGUUUAUCAUCUCUUUUAGAUCCUUACACCGGGCCAAAAAGCUAUGGUUCCAUGCAUGGUGUUGUUGGUGUGAGGCCUUACUUGCCAAACUCAAAACUUCUUCAAGAUUUCAAAACAAAAUGGAAUAAGACUUCAGGGGAUAUAAACCUAUUUGGUUUAUGGGCAUAUGACACUAUAUGGGCGUUGGCUAUGGCUGCUGAAUCAGUGAAUCCAAAUGCCUUGAUGAGGCAUAAAACUGGCAUAAACAGCACUAGUACUACUACUGAACCCUUCGGCCUAAGAGUCUCAGAAUCAGGUCCAGAGCUUCUGAAGAUGUUGUUACAUGCUAAAUUUGAAGGCCUUAGUGGAAAAUUUAAUUUGAUUGAAGGUCAGAUGCCAGCUACAGACUUUGAAAUAAUCAAUGUUAGAAAAAAGUUAGGAGAGAGAAUUAUUGGGAAUUGGACCCAAUUACAUGACCAAUCUUUGCAGAUGAGAAGGGAAACAGUUAUUUGGCCAGGACACACAAAAGUCCCACCAAAAGGUUGGGUGCAACCUGUGGUUGGUAAAAGGUUGAGGAUUGGAGUCCCUGUUACAUCUGUUGGUUUUAAGGAUUUUUUGAAAAUAGAAUGGGAUCCUCGUACCGAUGAGCCUACCUUCUCAGGAUUCUCCUAUGAUGUAUUCAUGGCUGCAUUAGAUAGAUUACCAUUAGCAGUUCCUCAUAAGUUGAUUCCAUUCAUGAAUAGCUUCAGACAGAACAAUGGGACUUACGAUGAGCUACUUAAUCAGAUUAAACUUAAGAAUUUUGAUGCUGUAGUAGGAGAUACAACCAUCACUGCUAAUAGGAGCACAUACGUUGAUUUUACAUUGCCAUACAUAGAAUCAGGCAUCUUGAUGGUUGUAAAAGUAAAAGAUGCAGAAACAAAGAAUAUUUGGAUUUUCCUGAAACCUCUUAGAUGGGAUCUUUGGUUAACUAUUGGGUUGGCUUUCGUUUUCACCGGGUUUGUUGUAUGGUUCUUUGAGCAUCGUUCCAACGAAGAAUUCAGAGGUCCACCACACCGUCAGCUAGGCACCAUGUGUUGGUUUUCCUUCUCAACUCUCGUGUUUGCUCACAGAGAGAAGGUAGAGAGCAAGUGGUCCAGAUUUGUUUUGGUCAUAUGGAUUUUUGUGGUUCUCAUCUUUACACAAAGUUACACUGCUAGCUUAGCUUCAAUGUUGACGGUGCAAAAGUUGGGACCAGCAGUUGUUGAUUUUAACGAGCUCAAAAUGAACGACUAUUACGUUGGAUACCAAAAGAAUUCCUAUGUAAGAGAUUUUUUAAUAGGAAAAUUGAACUUCUCAGAGUUUAGGCUAAGGCCUUACACUUCACCUGAGGAGUACAAUGAUGCAAUGUCCAAAGGAAGCUUAAAUGGUGGAAUUGAUGCUAUCUUUGAUGAAAUUCCCAAUGUCAAGCUCUUGCUCGCUAAGUAUUGCUCUAGGUACACAGUCACUGGACCAACCUACAAAUCGGCAGGAUAUGGAUUUGCCUUCCCAAUAGGGUCCCCUUUAGUCUCUUACAUUUCAAGGGCAAUCCUAAACAUUACUCAAAAUCAUAACAAAAUUCAACAAAUGGAGCACAAGUAUUUUGCAUAUGAUACUAACUGUCAAGAUUCGGGUUCCACAUUUUCUUCAGAUAGUCAUAGUCUCAGUGUCUACAGUUUUGGUGGCCUCUUCAUCAUCAGCGGAAUCUCUUCAGUUUUUGCAUGUUUGGUAUAUUUGGCCAAAUUCUACCCUAAACAUUGGUCCAGAGUUACGAACCGAUUUGAUCAAAAUCAUAAUGUAGACAACUUACAGAUCCCUUCAACGGCUUUCAGCCUAGAAGUAGAGAUCGCAGCAGUACAUGUAGAAGAUGAAGGAAAUCACAUUCAUUAUACAGAUUCUGAUCAAUACAUAUAUGGCUGUGCAUAGUUAAUUGUGUGAUUUAUUCAAUAAUCAAUGUUAAAUUCUGAGGGGGUCGAAUUUUAGCUCAAGUAUCAAAUAAAUACUAAUAAGAUUCCCAGACCACGUACCAGAGAUGGCUGUGUCAAGUGAAUAUAUAUGUAUUCCUAAAUCUUAACAAAUUGAUUAUAUAUUUAAUAUCCCGAAUAAAUGAAUAAAUAAAACAGCUGUAACACGAUA